CUUAUCUCUGUUAUCUUUUAAAUUUUAAAACAAAAACAUUGAUUAACGGUUAAUUUAUUUAUUAUCAAUGGGUCAAGCUAAUAGUCAACUUACCAACGAAGAACUGCAAGACUACCAAGAUUUGACUUAUUUCACGAAAAAAGAAGUCCUAUUUGCCCAUCAAAAAUUCAAAACCCUUGCACCGGAAAAAGUGGGCCACAAUAAAAAUGCCAAGCUACCAAUGGCCAAAAUCUUACUCUACCCUGAACUGAGUGUAAAUCCUUUUGGUGAAAGAAUCUGCAAGGUGUUCAGCUCCAGCCAAGAUGGCGAUUGCACCUUUGAAGAUUUCCUUGACAUGAUGUCAGUUUUUUCAGAAAGUGCCCCAAAAUCUGUCAAGGCAGAACAUGCUUUUAGGAUUUUCGAUUUUGAUGGUGAUGACAUGUUAGGGGUCUCAGAUUUGAAGCAAGUUAUUCAAAAACUGACCGGAGAGAAUAAAAUUAGUGAAAACGAUUUGAACAUUUUGGUGCAAAAUAUCUUAGAGGAGGCUGAUUUAGACGAUGAUGGGGCGCUUUCUUUUGCAGAAUUCGAGCACAUAAUUGACAGAUCUUCUGAUUUUUUAAGCUCAUUUAGAAUAAGACUAUAAUAAUUUAUUUAUUUAAUUUUGUAAAUAACCAGGCAGUUUCAUUUUCAUAAACACCCACGUAGUAAAGAAUGACACUAUAAUGCAAAUAUAUCCUAUAGCAGUCAUCAAGUAUCUGUUUAGUUUUGGCAUUGUAGGGCUGUGGACGUUGUCCAAAAUAAUGAAUCCUAAACCUCCUACUGUAAAAAGGAAACUGGAAGCCAAACCUUCCAUUAUGUAUUGGCCGUUGACUCUAUAAGGCAUAAAUGCCACCUAAAAUGA